UGGGCAGCCUCAGUUACAGAGCUAACAGGCACUCUCGGUUUCUCCCAGGCCAGUAGAAGUAGACUGCAUAUUGAAAAAGAUUUUGGCUGGGCGGUGGUGGUGCACGCUUUUAAGGACAAAGCUUAACAUUUUGUUAUGAAGCCCAAAAAUAGAACAAGUUCAAGCCCAGCAUUCAAGUUUCCAAACAAAAGGGGAUCCAGACCGGGCCAGCUCUGGGAGACUGGGAUAGUGGGGACCUCUAGGCUGACAGCCUGGGAGCCCGGGACCAGACGAGGUAUACGGAAGCACAGACCAGACUCCACACUGUUAUUUGGUGCCAUCCACAAGAAGGGGGCUACCCACUAGGUGACCUUAAUGGGUAUCAAGGGCCCCAGACAUUUUCAUUUCUCCUGGAUUGCAAGUGUCCAAACGACAGGCUGCAUGCGGACGGAAGGGGCGGGGCUCAAUACGGAAGUCCCUCGGCCAGCUCCAGUCACGUGGGAGAAGCUUCCACGCAUUGCUAGCAUUCAGGAGGCAUGGCACUCUGGCGCGCAUACCAGAGAGCCCUGGCUGCACAUCCGUGGAAGGUCCAGGUUCUGACAGCUGGGUCACUGAUGGGCCUAGGUGACAUUAUCUCACAGCAGCUGGUGGAGAGGCGGGGUCUCCAGGAACACCAGACAGGCCGGACUCUGACCAUGGUGUCCAUGGGCUGUGGCUUUGUGGGCCCUGUCGUCGGAGGCUGGUAUAAGGUUUUAGACCGUCUUAUCCCCGGCACCACCAAGGUGGAUGCACUGAAGAAGAUGUUGUUAGAUCAGGGGGCCUUUGCCCCGUGUUUUCUAGGCUGUUUCCUCCCCCUGGUAGGAGUACUCAAUGGAAUGUCAGCCCAGGACAACUGGGCCAAACUACAGCGGGACUACCCUGAUGCCCUCAUCACUAACUACUAUGUUGGCUGUCGUCCAGUGUGUUGCUGUUGUCUGGAACUCUUACCUAUCCUGGAAGGCACAUCAGCUCUAAGCCUGCCUGCUUCCGUGGCUUACACCUUGCACUGAUGCAUCUUCACCCUGGAAUGCUUGGACAUGGUCCUCACAGAGAGCACAUCAGGACUGGCGGGUGGCUCAGCUGCUAACUAAGAACACGGACUGCUCUACACAGGGCCAAGUUUGGUUCCCAACAGCCAUAUCAGGUGGCUCACAACCACCUCAAGCUCCAGGAGAUCCGUGUCUUCUGGCCUCUCGGGCACCUGCACUCACACGCACGUACGCAUGAAUGAAGACUUACUCAUAAUAAAGCAUAAAAUAAAGUCUUUCUUAAAAAGAGAGUCUCUCAGUUCCACAGUACGGAGGUGCUGAUCAGGAUGGUAUUACCACUUGGAAACAGCGCAUUUCACUCUAAAGAUGUAACUGCUUGUGAAAUCACUAAGACCUCUACAACAUCGUCUGUCACUCUGGCACUUACUGAUGGGCGAUGUGAGAAGCAUGUCCUUGUGUACACAUCAUAGAAUAUACUUAAACCGAUAACAACAGACAGAUGCUUAGCAUGGGCUCUGAAUGCAGUGAGGUGUGUUCUCCUGCUGCCAGUACACAUGGUAUACGGUUUUACGGGGGGCUUUUUUUCAUAUGUAGUACAUCCUAAAGUAAUGAUAAAUAUAGCAAAUUCACAAACCAGUGACAUUGUCAUUUAUC